GACUGUAAGAGAGAGAAUCAAAGGAGGUUUAAGCUAAGGUUCAGUCAUUUUCUUUGCACCCAAAUCUCGACGCCGAUUUCCUGGUCUCUCUCCAGAACCAAGAGUCAUUUCACUUGAACAAGAGAUGGACCAGAGCCCGGCACCGUUUUCAGAGAUUGGGAGGCGGGCAAGAGAUCUAUUGACCAAAGACUACAACUAUGAUCAGAAGUUCUCCUUCUCUAUUCCGAGCUCCAGUGGAGUGGGAAUAACAGCUACUGGUGUGAAGAAAGAUCAAAUUUUUGUUGGUGAUAUAAGUACUCAAUAUAAGCUCGGAAGUACAAUUGUUGAUGUCAAAGUUGAUACCUACUCCAAUGUCUCAACUAAAGUCACUUUGAAUGAAGUUUUCCGAUCUGCAAAAGUGUCCCUUGGCUUCAACAUACCAGAUCACAAGUCUGGCAAGCUUGAUGUUCAGUACCUUCAUCAACAUGCUGCCAUCAACUCCAGUAUUGGCUUAAAUCCCUCCCCUCUCUUGGAGCUCUCUGCUGCUAUUGGUAGCAAGGAUUUAGCCCUUGGUGGUGAAAUAGGUUUCAAUACUGCUUCGUCUUCUUUUACCAAGUGCAACGCAGGGAUUAGUUUUAACAAACCGGAUUUUUCUGCUGCACUUAUAUUAACGGACAAGGGACAAGCUGUGAAGGCAUCAUAUGUACACUCUGUCGAUCCAGCAAGUGGAACUGAAGUUGCUGCGGAGAUGAUUCACAGAUUAUCUACCUAUGAGAACAGCUUCAGCAUCGGGAGUGCUCACAAAGUCGAUCCAUUAACAUCUGUGAAGACUAGGUUUUCUGACAAUGGGAAGGUUGCAAUGCUUUGCCAGCGGGAAUGGAGGCCAAAGUCACUUAUUACUUUCUCAGCAGAGUAUGACACAAAGGCAAAGAAUGCUGUGCCUAAGUUGGGUCUUGCCCUUGCUUUGAAGCCAUAAAAAGGUGCUAUCUCUAAUUCAACCAAUUUUUACUUGGUAGCUUGACGUUGUUCAAAUUCUUUCGAAGGCCUAAAGUGUGGCCGUUACAUCUUCCUCACAUCAUUCCAGAGGACACUGGGAAACCAAACCCAUUUUUGUCAGAUUCAUAUAAUGAUGAUAAAUUUGAAAGAAUACGUUACAGGAGCGUUGUUGCAUAAAGUUCUUCAAGGUCUACUGGCUUUCUAUUACCUUGAAACUUGAUACUAUAUAUUUUUUUGAGAAUGUAAUUUUUCUGAUCCCUCGUGUUUUCUGAUC